AUCAAAUGAGGCUUUCACUUGCAUUUGCUUGCUUUCUUUUCAUCGUUACUCUUUUUCAGUUCACUGCCUUUUCUUUCUCGUCUGAGCAGCCUGCAGUACUUUGUCACAGCGAUGAGCGUCUUGCUUUGCUGCAGCUCAAGGAUAGCUUCAUCAUCGACAAGCAGGCAUUGGCUGCAGGUUUUUGUGCUUAUCCUAAGGUUGAUAGUUGGGAUUCUCAAAGCGUCGACUGCUGUUCAUGGGAUGGCAUUGAGUGUGACAAAAUCACGGGUGUGGUGAUAGGCCUGGAUCUCAGCAGUAGUUGCCUUUAUGGCUCCAUCAAGUCCACCAGCAGUCUCUUCCGCCUUCUUCGCCUUCAAAAGCUUAACCUCGCUAACAACCAUUUUAAUUACUCUUUGAUUCCAUAUGCGUUGGGCAAUCUUUCGAUGCUGACAUACCUUAACCUCUCUAGUUCUGUAUUUUCUGGUCAAAUACCGUCAGAAAUUUCAAAGCUCUAUAGGUUAUCCUCCCUUGAUUUCUCUAAUAAUUGGGAUACGAACCUUUCUCAAAGGUUGUUGGUACUCGAAAAGCCAGAUAUGAAGAGCUUAAUACAGAAUUUAACAAACUUGAAGUACCUCAGUCUCUCCUACGUAGUUGUGGCGUCUCCGAUUCCGAGUGUGUUGGCCAACUUGUCCUCGCUGACGUCCCUUUACCUCGAGUUUUGUGGACUGCAGGGCAUGUUUCCAUUAGCCAUUUUCCGGCUACCAAACCUUGAAACUGUUUGGCUGGUAGACAACUUGGAUCUGACAGGUUACUUGCUGGAGUUCAAUUUCAGCAACAAACUUAAAAAAUUAGCAUUGUGGAAUACAAGCUUUUCUGGUGAGUUACCUGCUUCAAUCGAUAACCUUAAUUCUUUGGAAUUCUUGGGACUCGGUCACUGCAACUUCUCAGGGUCAGUGCCAUCUACGUUGGGUAAUCUUCCCAAUCUCAAAUUUCUGGAUCUAACAACCAAUUCUUUUACGGGGUCAGUGCCACCAACGUUGGGUAAUCUUCCCAAUCUCAAAUUUCUGGAUCUAGCAACCAAUUAUUUUACGGGGUCAGUGCCACCAACGUUGGGUAAUCUCACCAAACUCGAUACUUUGGAUCUCAAAUAUAAUUAUUUUACGGGUUUUAUUCCUUCUGAGCUUACCAACUUGACCCAACUCACUUAUUUGAAUCUACUCGGAAACAUGCUACAUGGAUCAGUCCCAAGCUCAAUCUCGAGACUUGAGAAACUUAAUUUUUUUGACUGUGACUUCAAUAGAUUGGGUGGCAUUCUGGAGAUGGAUCCAUUUCUAGAGCUAAAAGAUCUGCAGUAUUUGUUUCUGUCCUUGAAUAAUUUCUAUUUUGUUUCUCCAGAUAAUAGCAAUGCCACCCGCCCUCAAGCUCAGCUUGUUGAUAUAGGAUUACGGCACUGCCAUCUAAGAGAGUUCCCAUAUUUCUUGCGCAACCAACGCCGGUUACAGCUUCUUGAUCUUUCUUCAAACAACAUUGAGGGCCAGAUACCGCAGUGGUUGUCCAAAGUGAGCGUUGAAACCCUGUUGUUUUUAGACCUUUCAAACAACUCCCUCAUCGGUUUCGAUGACUUCCCACUUGUUCUUCCAUGGUCUAAACUGCAAUAUCUGAAACUUGAUUCCAACAUUCUCCGAGGUUCUCUCCCAGUUCCACCAUUGUCUACAGUUUUCUAUUCCAUCUCAAAUAAUUCUCUCAAUGGAGAGAUCCCACAGCUGUUGUGCAAUCUCAGCUCUCUUUCCAUUCUUGACUUUUCCUACAACAACAUGAGUGGUGGGAUCCCAGUGUGUCUGAGCAACUUCAGCAAGUCUUUAUUAGUACUGAAGGUGCGGUCCAACCAGUUAGAUGGUCCCAUUCCAAGUGGUUGGGCAACUGGAAACAGAUUAAAAAUGAUAGAUUUGAGCAAAAACAAAUUGCAGGAGAAGAUUCCAAAAUCGCUGAUGGAGUGUAAAAUGUUGGAAUAUCUUGAUCUUGGAAACAAUCAGAUUAGAGAUGCAUUCCCUUCUUGGUUAGGGUCUCUUCCAGAAUUGAAUAUUCUUAUUUUAUCUUCUAAUGCAUUUUAUGGUAGGAUGGAGAAUCCUAAGUUGAAUCUCAUUGUCUUUCCCAAGUUGCGAAUCAUCGAUCUUUCUCACAACAGAUUCAAUGGAACCUUGCCUUGGGGUUACUUUGAAAGAUGGAUUAGCAUGAAAAAUCUGGAUGGAAAAAACUCACCUCCUAAAUACAUGCAUGAAAGUUUAGAUAUGAGGAUAAAUAUUAUGCAUGUUCCCAGGGAUUAUGAUUACUCCAUGACAAUUACAAACAAAGGCAUGGAGAUGAAGUACCCAAAGAUCAUUCGAACUCUUGUAGCCAUUGAUUUCUCCAGCAACAGAUUUGAUGGAGAAAUUCCAAAAUUGAUUGGGAAGCUCAAAGAGCUUCACUUGCUCAACUUUUCGAAUAACAAUCUCGUUGGAGGAAUCCCAAUAGCCAUAGCGAAGCUCACAAAUCUUGAAUCUUUGGACCUUUCUCAGAACAAACUAGUGGGAAGAAUUCCAAUGGAGUUGAGUACUAAACUCACUUUCCUUUCAUUCCUCAACGUCUCUCAUAAUCGUCUUACAGGGCUUAUACCAGGAGGCGGCCAAUUUGAGACUUUUCAAAGUAGCUCCUUUGAUGGAAAUCUUGGGUUGUGUGGAAAACCCUUGCUAAAAGAAUGUAGCAACAAUUCUGGAAGCCUGCCACCUCCAUCUUUGACUUCUUCGGGAGAAUUUGGAUUGGAUUGGAAAGUAGUGUUGUUGGGUUAUGGGUGUGGAUUCCUAUUUGGAGUGGUGAUUGGGCAUGUUGUGAUAAAAAAGAAACCUGAUUGGUUUGCCGACACUUUCUCCAAAUUUCCUACAAGAGGGCGAAGGAGGCAUGUACUAUAAAAAAUCAAGUGGACUUUGCAUGCACCAUUGGGGAUGGUAGGGAUGAAGGUUGUAUCCUUCAUCGUUUUUUUCCCUCUAUAUGCAUCUAUGUCAUGUAUUAUUAAGCUAUAGUUACAUUAUGGAAUGCGCCCAUUUCGCUUUUUUCAUCACUAGUACUCUUGUUAUAAUGAAAAAGAAGUGGAGUUAGAAGAA